AAAACUAGAAUAUGCAGCAUAAGUAGAAAUUGAAGCAAACGACGUGAGUGGAAAACUUCGAUAUUCAUACUACCUAUAUGAGUAUCCAUGAUGGUUUACUGAGAGACUUUAUGGCAAGAAUACGAGAGCUUUCUAGAAUUUAAGAAAGGUGUUGAAACAUUAACGAAUUUUCAAUCAAUUCAUUAUCUUACUUAUUACAGUUUAUUGAGCAGCUAUCUCGAUUUUUCUGAAGUGUUUGCUCUGUUCGUUUGUUUAUCCUAUAGGAAAGCAAUGUUUGUUUACAAACGUUCUGCAAAAUGCAAAAUGUCAGCCAAAAGCUUUUCUUCCGAGAGCAAAACACUAAGCACCUCAGACGAAUCUCUUUUUGGGCUUUUUAUCCAAUUUUUUAGUGCCCUCUCGGGUCAGUAACAGCAUCCAAUUCCGGGUCAAUGAGUUCCUGCAGCGCAGACAGUUACGGCCAACACAUCCGAAACCGGUUUGAGUCUGAGCAGCCAAAUCCAAGUGUUGGUACAACUUUUGAAUAUGGUUGGUACCUAAUUUCUAGGCGCUGCUCUCAGGACGUCGAAGAAGGCAUAGCCAUGCUCCGACGUUGUAUGGAGUAUGACCUUACUUUGUAUCGAGAAUCCAUGUAUUCAAUAGCCCUUGGAUACAGUUUUCUAAAAAGAUACGAUGAUGCUCGAUACUGCACCAUGGCACUUUUGCGUGAGUACCCCAACGACGCUGAAACAAUCAAACUCCAUGCCGAGUUAAAGGAAAUGAGAGAUAGAGAAGUGAUUGCUGCAAGCUCUUGUAUAGCUGCUUGUACAGCAACGACUUUUGGUCUCCUCCUAGCCUCUUGGAUUCACCGGUUAGUUACAAACGACCGUUAAACCACUCAUUACACGAGCAACGUCAACGAGAAAUCAAAGGCUUAAGGAUUCACUUAAGGAACUUUUAACGUCUCCAUAUGACUUCUUCUAUAACUAGUCUGAAUGUCUCUAGUUUUCGAAAGAUCGGGCAUUCAGCUACCUCAUCCGAAACUUCCAGCUUUCAGACUGGAUUUGGGGUUUUGAACGUCUUUUAUCAAAAUGAAAACAACCAUAAAGGUGGCAUUCUUAUUUAGUUACCAGAUUGUUGAUGGAUAAAGCACAAUACGCCCGCAUGUCUGGUUCAUUCUUUACCUCUUUUACCUAGUAAAGAAUUUUACGAUAAAAGACCAUAUAUUACUA